UACUGACUCUCAGGUCGACAUGCCUCGCAUUCUUUUCGUCAGCGGUUUUCAUCCCGCCACGCGCGCGCGAGACCUCGCUUACGAAUUUGAACGCUUUGGCCCCCUCAUCCGAUGCGACGUACCUGCGCCCCGCAACCCCCACGCGCACUCCAACCCUUACGCCUUCGUCGAGUUUCGUAGCAACCGCGACGCUGAAGACGCAUACUAUGAUAUGCAUGGGAGGCACUUCGAAGGACAGCGCCUGAGUAUUCAGUGGGCAAAAAACCCUCCGUCAUCGGUCUGGAGGUAUGACCGUCGUGCCUCUCCUCCCUCUCACCGCCGCAGCGACCGCGACCGUUCUCGGAGCCCUCGCCGUCGCAGCGACCGUGACAGGGGGGAUCGGGACCGAGACCGGGACCGGGACCGUGAUGAUCGCGACAAGGAUAGGGACGCCGACAGGGAGAGGGACAGAAAGCACAGCAGGAGCCCCGAGCGCAGGAGGCGAAGCCCAACUCCGGAGAAGCGGGCUAAGGAGGACAAGCCCCGAACGCCACCCCCGGAGGAUGGCAAGAAGGAAGGAGAGGAUGCUGCUCAAACACCACCAUACGAGUCCUGAGUCGAAGCAGACCGGUUAUCCCUUUGUUUAGCUUUCUUCUUCCUUUCCCUUUUCGCUGCCCCUUAGUGACCAAAAUUAUGCCUGGAAGCAGGCGUAAGUUUUUCCUCCUGUUUCUCUUUCAAUGUACUUGCCUUAAUAC